CGGACUGAUACUUUGGAAAAGGGUAUAUCUUUAAAGCUGGAGAAAUCAUUCUUAAAAAAAAUAGAAAAGGUAAUCUGUUCAAGUCAACAAAAGGAAGCUAACUUCAGGAACAAACUUCAAAGGAGCAAUGUCAGUGGGCCAUUCACCGUACGUGUAUCUGUGCGUCUGUGUAUGGAUGAUCUCAAACAGGAUUUUUGUGUCAUCUGUGCUUUUAAAGCCUUACUUAAAUGGCAAUAUGGAGUUGCAGUCUGCCGACAUGAAUCAGAUGUCAGGUAAGGAGCUUAAACCGUUUGUGAACUUAUACCAGUUUCUGAAGCGUCAAACACAUCAACGAAUUGCAGCUUUUCGGGCGAACGAAUUCAUAGAAGAUUCUAGUGCACCUAUUCACAGGCUAAAAGAAACAUAUCCGGAGAAAUUCAAUACCGAGCACACUCUAUAUGAUUAUCCCAGACAAAGGUUUGACAUAUUGUACGAUGUUACGCUACCAACAAAGGAUGAAGGCACUUUCGAGAACAAAAAUACUGAAAAUGUCAUUAUGGACACAGGAGAUUCAGAUUUUACAAACGAUAUUGAUAACACAAUUUCUUUAAAGACCAGUUCAAAGAUUGACUUUUCGGAGAAAGUGGACAAAGCGUUUCCCGUAAAACAGGCGAGUCUUGCUACUCAAGAUGAACCGAUAAAUGAUAUUAUUACGGAUUCUGUUGAACUGGAUAAAGAUCACGACGUUAAAGAUGAUAAAACAGAAACAAAGAAACCUGUAGACAAGCGUCAGUAUGUAGACUGUGAUCUUAGUAAAGUAACUUUGAAUAUGCUUGUAGAAUACCUUAGAUACAAAACUCUUUGUGGCACAAGAACUUCUCAGAUACGUUUUGGACUGGGAAAAUGAUUUAAAUAUACAGAUAUUGAAAUAAACUGCGUUUCUUCAACUAGGGGCAAUCUGGUAUAAACUUGGUUGCCGAUUAUAAAAGGCAGUCCGUAAUGGCAUUCGGCAAUUUCCGUUCCUUUCCGUAUUUUCCGUAUGUGAUUUCGGCAUUCUCCGCUUAUAAAAAAAAAUGUUAUGUCCGAAGGAUGCCGAAAUCGCUUAACGGCACAGAAUAGGUUACAUUCUACCGAUUCAAUUUCUUAUUUAUUUCAUAUUAAUAGCAAAAUAUUCAGACCUCAUUUUCAGCACUUUAGAGCAUUUCAAUGGUAUGAAAACCAUAUAUGGUCAUUUAGUAUAACAUGUCUUCUUAUCAAAAAUAGAAAAAUA